UCAGCGAUAUCGGGGUCGAGUAGGGACGGGUUAUUUGUUUGUUGUUUACAAACUAACCCUGCAUCAUGGCAUCACCAAAAGAUGCCAAACGAGUCGACGAAGAGCCUGAAAUGGUCACCCACGAGUUAGUGGAAGUGAACAUGACAGGCAAGGGUAAAUUGGGAGUGAAAGACUUUGAAUUGUUAAAAGUUCUGGGAACUGGUGCAUAUGGCAAAGUAUUUCUUGUGCGUAAAAUUGGAGGAUUUGACCAUGGAAAGCUGUAUGCCAUGAAAGUACUGAAAAAAGCCAGCAUUGUGCAGAAGACAAAAACAACCGAGCACACAAAAACGGAAAGACAAGUUCUAGAAGCUAUCCGCCAGUCACCAUUCUUAGUCACCUUACAUUAUGCAUUCCAGACCGAUGCAAAGCUUCACCUCAUUCUAGAUUAUGUGAAUGGAGGGGAGUUGUUUACCCACUUAUAUCACAGAGAACAGUUCACAGAGGCUGAAGUAAGGAUCUACAUAGCAGAGAUCGUCCUAGCCCUAGAGACGCUCCACAAGCUUGGGAUCAUCUACAGGGACAUUAAGCUGGAGAACAUAUUGUUGGACUCUGGGGGCCAUGUGGUGCUGACUGACUUUGGCCUUAGUAAAGAAUUUCUACCUCAUGAAAUGCACUCCAACACAAGGGCAUAUUCAUUUUGUGGCACAAUAGAAUAUAUGGCCCCUGAAGUAGUAAAAGGGGGCAACACAGGUCAUAAUUUUGCAGUGGACUGGUGGUCUUUAGGCGUCUUAACAUAUGAACUCUUGACCGGUGCGUCUCCAUUUACCAUAGAUGGAGAAAAGAAUUCUCAGUCUGAAAUAACAAGACGUAUACUCAAAUCUACACCGCCAAUGCCAAAGAACUUCUCACCAGAGGUGAAGGACUUGAUUUUGAAACUUCUUAACAAAGAACCAAGCUUACGGCUUGGAUCAAAAGGCAGUGAGGAAGUUAAGUCUCACCCAUUUUUCCAGUCUCUAAAUUGGGAUGAUGUUGCUCAUAGAGUUGUGCCAGCUCCAUUUGUGCCCAAAAUUCGGCAUGAGUUGGAUGUAAGUAACUUCAGUGAUGAAUUUACAAACAUGAUAGCCGCGGACUCCCCAGCUAUCAUUCCGGCAAAUGGAGAAAAAAUAUUCAAGGGUUACUCCUUUGUGGCUCCCUCAGUGUUGUUCAGUGAUAACACUGUCAGCAAUCAGCUGUUAAGACCCUCCGGUGAAUAUCAGCCCAAUGAUAGACAAUUGCUUUACUCCAAAGUAUUUAAGAACUCACCAUUUUUCCAAAACUAUGAACUUGACCUAAGAGAUGGUAUGUUGGGAGAUGGGAGCUUUUCAAUAUGCAGAAAGUGCCGGCAUAGGAAGACCAAUCUGCUGUAUGCUGUGAAGAUAGUGGCUCGCCGCAUGGACUGCACCAGCGAGAUCAAGCUGUUAAAGUUGUGUCAGGGUCACCCCAAUGUGGUCACUCUCAUUGACACUUUCACUGACGAGUUUCACACUUACAUUGUCAUGGAGUUAUUGAAAGGAGGAGAACUGUUGGAAAGGAUACGAAAGAAAAAGAGCUUCACUGAAACUGAAGCCAGUCGUAUCAUGAAGUCUCUGGUGUUUGUCGUGAACUUCAUGCACAAUCGCGGUAUCGUCCACCGUGACUUGAAGCCAGAGAACCUACUUUUUGAGGACAGUUCCGAUGAUGCUGAGAUCAAGCUGGUGGAUUUUGGGUUUGCUCGCCUUAAGAAGCCAGAUCAACCAUUACAAACCCCAUGUUUCACCCUUCAUUAUGCCGCCCCAGAAGUGCUCAAACAAACCUCUGUUAUCAAAGAUGGUUAUGAUGAGUCCUGUGAUCUCUGGAGUUUAGGAGUGAUUAUGUAUACUAUGCUAUCAGGAAAAGCUCCCUUCCAGAUCAGUGGAAAAACUGACAGUGCUACCUCCAUCAUGCAGCGUAUAAAGGGAGGCGAGUUUGAGUUCAAAGGUCAGGAAUGGGAUGCUGUGUCACAGUCGGCCAAGAAGCUUAUCAGAGGGCUAUUGACUGUGGAUCCCAAACAGAGAUUUACCAUGAAGGAUCUUCAACACAACGAGUGGCUGUCUGGCAGCAACACUCAGAUCUUCUCUGCCACACCUCUGAUGACUCCAGGAAUUCUCAGUGCCUGUAGUAACUCUGUGCAGGUUCAGCUCCAGGCGACAAUGAACGCUUUCCACAAGGCUACCAAGGAGGGGUUUCGCCUUCAGGAUGUGGCCAAAGCGCCUCUUGCUCAGAGACGCAAAAUGAAAAAGAGCUCCACCGAAGCACGGAGUAGUUCAAGUGACAGUACAAAUUCUCACGGUUCAGGCGGUUCCCUGACGCAGUCUCCUAUGCGUCAGUCCCAGUCCCCCAUGCGACAGUCCCCAGUAAGAAACCUCUCCAACACAUCGCACUGCUCCGCCAGCAGUACGGGCUUUGUGCCAGGCCGCGUCCCUACGCCCAACAGUAGCACUCAGCUGCAGGAGAACUCCGGAGUGUUCAGUUACAGAGACGCACGCAUUGCCUCCAUGCUUCUGUCUGUGAACACAGGUCCGGAAUACGGGGGCAAUGAAGGCACUGUGCAGCCGCCUCCGGCGCACACUGGCACUAAACGUAAGCUGAGUCUCGAGUCCACUACAAGCACGGACGAGGAAGACUGUAUCAUCAUUGGAGAUGAGGAUGAGGACUCUAAUAGUGAGGAAGAUCAGCAGUCUGUACCUACGGAUCUCUCCAUGCCGUCUGCAUCAAAGAGAUCUAGGACUGAAACUAUUGUCAUAGACUGAUUAAGGGGAAAAUAAUGCACUGACAUUUCAAAGCUCAUAUCGUUUUCUUGAAGAGUCUGUUUUCACCAAACUGUCAGCACCUUUUGUCCAAGACCGAAACUUCAGUCACAAACUAAUAAAGGGCAGAUAACUCCAGGGAGCUUAACCUUGUUGAUUUGAGCAGUCUGUUCCUGCAGAUCUGUCCCAUGCCUUCUGCCUUGAAGAAACCCAGGAUUCACUCCCCUACCCUCCACCCGACUACUAAAUAAGGGGCAGAUAACCUAUGGAGAGACAUUGUACAUAGCUAGUGUCAUCAAAUUCAUUGCUGACACUGAGUGAAAAGAAAGUUCCACCUCAGGGUUAGACAACCAUGUCUAGUGAAGUGAGUGAGUAAGAGCCAGGCAUGUCCAUGGUAAUGCUCAUUAUUGAUCACUUCACGUGUGUAGCUCUCAUUUUCCUGACAAAAGUGCCUACUUAAAGUGCCUAUUGUUGGAGGUGUCUAUCUUCCCGAUGUGUCCAGUGGCUUAGCAAAGCACUGGCGUACGUCUGUCAAUGCUAGUCCAGGCCUUUACAUUAAUGGGGUGUGAUCCGUGUUUAUGACAUAGGUCAACAGCCCAUAGGCCACUGUUAAUUAAUUGCUUGUUUCUCUUGAAGCUGUACAUCUAAAAUUUGAGAGCAAAUAAUUAAAAAUAAAUGUGAGAUUGAAAAGUGGAUUUUUCUUGGAAUUUACAGUCAUUUUGUUUCGAUAAAUGAAACAUAAUUAAUAAUUAUAGAAGCGUAUUGGCUUUCUCCUAAACAAGAUGAUGAGAAACUAACUGUUAAAUAACAGAGUCCUUACAGUUGUAGGUUUUGGAAUAUUUUUAGGGUAUUUAAAAUAUGUCUCCAGGUUGUUAUUUUUACCUGUAUGAUAUUGUCCACUUUUGACUUGACAUCAAGGUGUAUUGAGGAUAUGUUCAUAUGCAUGUUUUCUUGUACAGAACUUCUAGAAUUGUUAUCCUAGAUCAUAUUAAUGCUUAUGCUUUACAGCGCUGCAGUCCUACUCUAGAUGCAAUCUUAAAGCAUUGUAAUUGUCAUGGGGAACAGCACUUGCAUUAUUCAUUUGAUGUUUUAUGACUUUUUUUUCAUGAUGAAUACACUCACAACCGUGUAUGUGCAAUUGUCUGUAUUGAGGACGUUAAUCUUCCGUGUUGAAUGUUGUGCACGUACAAAAGCAACCAUCAGAAGGGUGAAAUCAUUUUUUUAUUGUUCCAUAAAUGAUUGUUAUUAUUUAUGGGUUAAAUUAAUGCCUGCUUUGAUGAAUAUUAUGGAUUUUAAUAAAUUUGUGCAUGCAUUUUCCCCCCUUAAUUAAAAAAGUUACUGUGUAUCUUGUUAAUACCUUGACACAGGAGAAAGGUAAACUGUACUUUGUCUGAACAGAAAGUCACCAAUAGUGUUUAACAGAAUUAUAACUAAGCAUGAGUGUGGUGUUUUUGAGUACAAUGCUUUCUUGAAGCAGCACAUGUAGUAACAUUGUUAUUAUUGAUUGGCCUGCCAAGUUCAGGAUGCUUUAGGAAACACGGGUUCAUUUGUAUCACCGCUGUGUGUGGCAAGUGUAAUUGAUUAUCUCCCUUUGUUGAUGUACGACAAUACACCAGAUGACCUGUAUGAAGAGAGGAUUUUAGUUUCUGCUCAAUAUUUCUGUCUUGAUGGUUUGGAGGUAUAUGUGAUAAUUCGUAAAACUGUUGGUGGAGUGUGAUUGGGUGUUAACAUUUUUGAAUGUAAAGCGAGUUGGUGAUGUCAAGUGAAAUGAUAAUCUUGUUCAGCUCACUCAUAUCUGCCGACGCUUUUUGUCCUUAUACACGUAUAUUUAGCCCAGAGUGGAUUUGAAAAGAUGAAUGUAUGUGGUUUGGAAGAAUGGAAGGCCUGAUGUAUGUCUUGUAUAUACUACAUGUUGUUCAGCGCUGUGAUAUCUACUGUUGAUCUCUCCUUACAUAGCACUGAGAAAACUUUCUAUGUAUCUUCAACUCUGUGAUUCAGGCCAUAAUUUAAAUUCACCUUGCAACACAGGAUAUAUAAUAUGAAGAUCAAUCAGGCAAGCAAUGUCUUCCGGCAUUCUUUGUUCCGAUUUUGUUGCUGGUCACAGGUCUAGAUCCUCGGUUGUUGUUUUGUAGCCCAUGCUAUGUUACAGUGGUUGUUAAUAAAGUGUGGUGCUAGUUUUGCUGUGAUGAGAGCAAAUAUGGAACUAGUAAGUGGUUAUCUGGCAGCUUGUAUUUGGGACAUUCUAUUUUUAUAGAUAUGAACUCUUUAAGCAUUUCAAAAUUUACCACCGUGCAUAAUGUAAUUCAGGACAUAGCUUUUCAUUAAAAAUGGCCGACUCUAAUAUUUCAUGGUCUCUUCCUGAAUAGUUUUGUACUAGUUUUAAUGACGCACAGUUUUGACAAUUUUUCCUCAUGCAUACAUAAAUGUUCGAUCAAUAAUACUAUACUAUACUGUAUAGUACUGAACUAUAAUAAUGUCCUUGGAGAAUAGGACCCUGAUAGUGCCCUAGCGUGUUUGUUUCCGUCAUAUCCUUAAUCUACUGAAUCUCAAUGUUCUCUAACAUUUUGCUGCAAAAUAAUUGAUGUUUGGUCAGAUUUUAAAUCUGUAAUGUGUAUUUUUCUUUUAGUCAGUUAAGGCAACAUUUAAGUCAGUCCCAUGUGAUAUUAACAGAUAUGACAUAAUUGAUGUAGACUUUUAAUCCUGCUGAAUGACAUCAGGAGAAAAUCCUGUAUUGAUUUGACUCAGAGUAUGAUAAGGGUUUGAAGAGAAUUCAGAUUUCGGGUUUUGCAGUCUUUCUUUACAGAAGGUUUACAUGAUAAGCAUACACCAGUUGAGGGUUUUGUGGUAUUUUUUGUUACCAGUGAAGUAUCACAAGAUAUUUGAACUUCUUGUCUUAAUCUACAUGUAUGAAGUAAUAUUAAGCUCUAUGUCACUCUCUCAGUGAGAUGGUCUGUCAAAUUUUUGAUAUUGGUACCCAUCUUGUUAACAUGCACCAUUCACUUAGUGAGGGGCUUGAGUGCAAGACGUGAUCAUCUUGAUGUUAACUUCGAUGUCAAAUAGCAUGAUGUCAGAGUACAAACUAGUGUGAAUUUGUACUUGCAUUGUAGGAACACUCUGAGGUUGUAUUUGCUGUUUGCCCCUUUGUAUGGCCUUAAUGCACUGUAUCACAUAUGCCAUAUUUUCAUUUCCUUAUUCAUGUGUAUGUAUGCAACAUGGGAAUUUGCUAGUCAUAUUCUGGUGUACAGACCCCGUGAAAUUUGUAAUCGGUCCACUUAUGUAUCCGGUAGAUAUUAUAAUGGAUACACUAACAAUGAAUGCCUGUCUUUUUUUAUUUUUUUCUCUGUUUUGUACAUGCUUUGAGUUGCAUGUACAUAUAUACAUGCCUAAUGUAUUGUGAAUGAUUUCAGACAGCAGCGUUAUAAGAGACUUUUAAGCCUUUUUAUUUUCUUUUUUCUUUGGCCGAGAAUCAACCACUGUCAUUUUUGGCCACACGUCCACACUGCUCACAGUGGGUGUUUCAGUGACUGCAAUUGUGAAGCACACUUCCAUACUUACAGUUGGGGUGAAAUUUUUCAGAGAGGCACACAGCCUUAAAACACCUUGUCUCCACAGAUAAAAAUUAGACCAGUAUCGUGCGACAAAUUAAAACUACAUUGAAGGUCAAAGUAAAUGUACAACAUUUAACAUUUAUCGGGCUAAAACUUACAUUAAAUAAAAAGAAAAUUCAGCUUAAAAUCAAGCGUGUUUGUACAAAGACUGAAAGACUGAUCUUAUCGUUGGAAAUAAUUAACUGCCUACUUGUACCAAGUUGAUUAAGAUUUAUAUGAUGAUUUAAUUGUAACACAUUAAUAACUUGAAACUGAUACAAGCUGAGUCAGGCAUAGUCCCAUGAGGAUUUUGGAUGAAGUCAAAAUUUAAAAUAAACUUUAAUUUUUGUUGCCUAAGAAUUUCAAACUGUUUGAUACAGUUAUCUCAUUCAACAGAUGUAUUUCCCAGUUUUAACUCCUGCGGUCCAUAUGAAACUGCAAAUGUUGAAUGGAGUCAAAACAGACUUUUUGGAAUUGUGGCCAAAUGUAGGCUUAUGAUCAGAUUUGAAUAUAGAGUUCGUGUGUUAAAGCAAGCCAUAAAAUUUCUAUACAUCAGAUCAAACAUGCUUCAUCCCAUUUUUCCAUGAAAGUGCUUCAUUCCAAUCUUUUAAGGUACAGUAUUACAUGUGAUAUCUUAUACAUUUAUCACUGUUUAUCUCGGUGGGCAAGUGUUUUACAUCACCUUUUAGAAACCUAAGUAGAAGACCAAGAAUUAAACAUGAAACCAUUUUGUAGCUCAGUAUUUUAGCAUUUAUUAUAUUAUGAGUUACAAAAUGGCCUAUUUCCUGGGAUUUUCACUAAUUUUUUUUUUUUUUUUCACAAUUUUGUCCUUUCAUUGGUUGGAAAAUUAUUUGUGCAUAUUGAUACCUUACCUGUGACUAGGGUAUUUCUGCUGCUGUUUUUUGUUGAUCUGAGAGCUCAAGCAAAAAUAAUCCUUGCUUUUUCUGUCUGAAAGCUACAUUCGGUCUGUUGUUUUUGUCGAGAAAAGAUGUGUGGAUGUUACCAUAGUGUGUAGUGUAGUAGGAUAUGGUUAAGGGAGAUGUAGUGUGGAUGGAGUAUGUGUUGCUUAUAAUAUUGUUGUAAUGUAUUUGGAGAAAAGCUAGUUCUUUUUUGCAAGAGUUAAAUUUUUAGAAAUUUUAAAAAUUUCAUAAGAUGAUUUUUCAUUUUAUUUUCCUAGUCAUUUUCUUUGCUAACUGUUGUGCUUUUGUUUUAAACCUAUCUUACUGUUGUGUCCAUGACCAAACCGAAAGAGGCGCUAAGAGUAGUUGAUACAUUUGAAACAGAUUUCUGAUCCGUAGUGUUCUGCAAUAGGGAUUCAUUUUUACAAGACAUUGUUCAUGGAAUGUGGAUCUUUCACUUAUUUGUUGUAUGUUAUUUAAUAUGAUACAUAUUCAAUGCUUUUCCACAAUUUUAAAUAUCAUUCUGGGGCCUGUCAGAUAUUAAUCACUUAUGAUUCUCUUUUUCUUGUUUUUUUUUUUUUUUAUCUGAAGAAAGAUUUCUUGCUUUUAGCAACUGUUAUUGUGGAAAUUAACCAUGAAUUUUUAGACAUUUUAUUAGUGUUCAAUCUAUAUGUCCUGUACAGACAAGAUUAUUAGGCAAUUCUACUGUGUGUGUAUAGAUUAUGAACAUUGAAAUGUUUACCGGAGAUUUGAGAGACAUUUCCACAUGAUGGAAUUUGAGGUUGUAGGGAUGUUGGGAGUUGUGAGUUUGUAGCCAAAGCCACAUUUAUUAUGGUGCAGUUUGUAGCAUCCACUUUCCAAAUUAGACAUGUUGAGUAAGGGAAUAAAGGAGGAACUUAAAAUAGACUUAUUAUGUAAGUGAAGUAAUAAUUCAUGCAUAAAUUGUUGUGUGAAAUGCAUGGCUUGAAGAGACUAGACUUUCUGCAUAGGUUGACUAUGGUCAUACUAAACAGAACAAUAAUCAGACACAGUAUCUAGCAUCCACAUUGUCAUCACUUUAUGUGCCUGACGUGGGGCUGCAUGGACAUAGACAUGGUGGACCCUGAUUCAGUGUUGUACGGACAGGUUGCUCAUAUUGCUUUUUACUGUGUAAUCUGAUGUUUGCAUAUUCUUAAAUCUGUGAGGUUAUUCUGAACUGUUAUCAACACUGCCUAACUCCUUGGAAGUGGAGGAAUAUUUUGUGGUUAAAAGUUACAGUCAUCUGGUUACAUUUUGCCUCUGGAUUUUUAUGCACACAAUGCAAAUUUAAAUCUGUUUGUAAAUAUACAGUGAAUUUUCUUAUUUAUUCCUUGCUAAAAAAAUUCUCUUUAAUAAUUAUAAUAUUGACACUUUACCCUUAAACAUUCAUAGUUCUAUACAUA